AUUUGUAAGUUAACGAAGUUUUGUUUUUCUUCGCUCUUUUUCUUUCUUCCACUCUCGUUAUUUCAUUAUUCAUUUCUCCUUUGUAAGCUUAUUUGCUUUGCUUAGCGACUUCGAAUGCUUGUAGCAGGUCAUCAGUGACUUCAAACAGCAUGAGUGCAAUCAAGCCGUCCUCUUACAUUGGCUAGAACUUUAAAAUGAUCCAGGGUAUCAUCACGUCAAAGCAAACGGGUAAUUAGAGGAGGAUGAAUAAACCAGGUGUUGGCGAUAGGCGUCCAUAGGAAAUGGCUUAUUAAAACAACAACUUCUAUUUGUUGUUCAAUAACACGACCCAUGCUGGGUAAAAGGAUGAAUUCACAGUCACCGACUUGUAUUCGUAAGUAGUAAAGACUACAUCAAGUUCAUAAGCAGUACAAAAACUCCAUCCCUGUGGAUCCUUUUGUUGUUGUGCAAAAACCUACCGUGGCGGCGAGAGCUGUCAUAUAGCUACAGCUCUAAAAGUGAUGAAGAAAAGAAAUAGCAAUUCCACUGUCUCGAAACUCGGAGAAAGCGCCUACAACGCAUUGGUUUUGACGAAUCAAGUUAGUGGGGACGAUAAACGCAUUCUUCAGUACAGCUAUAAUCUGGUGAGCGAGACGGGAAAAGAUGAACUUUCGAAGUCGUUCAACGACGAAAGUUACGGUAAAUUGAAAAAAAACAAUGUGAUGUUCCGUUCAGAACGAAUGAUACCGAACUCACUAAGCAACGAAGGAAAGCAAUUCCCAAAGAAGAAGAAAGUCUUCCGCAGUAUCAGUAACCCAAUAACGGAUCGACGCACUUAUGGCGUCGAGACAGAAAAAGUUUCAGAACGAUAUAAAGUUAAAGAACGACUCCCUAGCGAUGGAGCUACACCUGGCGAUGGCGAGGAGGCUUCCUCAUCACGCGUUUUGGAGGCAACGAUCACGGAGAAUCCCGAAACGAAAACGAACGGCUCACGAGUGCUCUCACGCGAAAUUCACGCUCGCAAAAUAGGGCUCGGUGAAACAACAAACACUUCUAUCAUGGGCCACAAGCUCAGAAAAAAAGGUGUCUGCGAUACUACAGAUAAUUCCCAUUAUCAAAGACAGUUUUUGCGGGUCUUAAAUAAGCGAUUCUAAAGGCGAACGACACUGCGAAAAGUCAGUCAUCGAUAGAUUUUAUCAGGGCAUGAGCAUUCGGUACAUUAACCGUACGUAUAACAUCUUGCUCCGUCCGGUUUUGAAUAAGUGUGUACAUGUAGAGCUUAUUAACACGACUAAAAAUAGCUAGAGCUUCUAUAAGUGGUAUAUAUAUAUGUCAUUCUCGUAUAUAGCUACACAGAUAAACAUUAACGACGAAUUCAAAUACCCUAUAAUGAAGAUAUCCUAAUUAUAAAUACAACAUCCCUGCAGUUUCUUGUUCAAUCAUAUACAUAAACAUAAGGUUUAGAUUAUAGAUAAAUUUUACCCUUGCCCUUCUUGCAGAAUAUGUGCAUCCAAGACAAUAGAUUUGAACCACGACCCGAAAACUUUAUUAUUUUCUUUUUUUUUUUUAUAGAUUUUUUGUAGAUAAAUGAGAAAAGUAAGAAAAGAUUGAGACAAACAGAGGUAUCGAAACCGAGAUUCGAUUCAGUUAGAAAAAUAUCGUCUCAAAAUGCAAAUUCACGUUCUGUUUACAGAUGUCGAGAAAUCGUCCUCAGGCCAUUUACAAUCGAAGUCGUAACUCACAAAACGAAAACUUCAAAAGUACAGGUGGUUUUCAUAAAAACAAAUAAUUUUCCUUCGAUGUGUCAUUCAUCUACGCGUGAAAGCAAUCUCCGCGGUUAAAAGAAAUUGAAAAGUCAUAAGAGUUUUUAAAGAUGACAUUUGGCGUGUGCAAAUUAUAAUAAGCCUUGUGUUUGAUCCAAAUUGAAAAGAGGAAAUUUGAUCUUCUACCAAAAUCUAUUAUCGUCGGAAAAAUAUGGAAAAACAUUUCUGCUAAGUCGCAUAAAUAAAUUAUAAACAUUGUUGUUCAGAAACACAAUUCGAGACAAUGAAAAUUUAUUUCUUAAAAACUCUGUGAAAAUAAAUCUCCUCUGACCUAACAGAAGUUCCUUACACGCCUCAUUUUACUCUUUUUAUUUGUUUCUUUAUCUGUGUUUGCAUUCAUCUUGAAGGAACGAUUCCACAGGGCAAAAAAAAAA